GUUUCUGGGUUCGGAGUGCCUCAGCUCGGUGAUUUGAGCGUCGUGAUGUUUUUGGACCCCAAGAUGACCCCAAGAUGACCCCAAUAGCCCCCUAAUUGGCGAAAAGUUGGUUUCGAAUCUUCGAUAUAUAAAAGUCAUGGUUUCUCGGCCAUGAGAGAGAGCUUGAGUUGACCACGGCUAUUGUUUUCUAUACAGUCUUUUCCUCAAAAGUUUCUUGUCUCUCUUUUCUGUCGUUACAACGCCUCACUCAUUUUUCGUUCCAUUCCGGAUUCUCGGAAUACCUCACUGGUUCUUCAACCACAAACAAUAUGCCUCGCUCGUCCAGUCACCGUAGCCCUUCGAGCUCAUACUCUCGCGAAAGCUCAGUCUUUCAAGACCCAACAUACCGCGUGUAUUAUGGAAGCGACCUCUCCUUGCAAUUCGAACCUCCCGCAGGUUCCAAGGAACUUGCGGUAGCACUGAGUAAUAAAUUUCCGACAAAGGGAAGCAUUGAAGGCAUGAUGCAAGCCACUUUUCAGGAGUUCUUACGCGAAGAGAAAAGAAAAUCUCGAGAGUCGUCGAAAAGCGGCUCGCGGGGAAGAUCAACGACUGGACGCUUACCUCCUCAAAGCGAAGAAUCAUCUUCUAGUCAGAGGAGCAGAAUAAGCCGCAGUUCGGCGCCGAAAGUUUCCGAGCCACCUCCACUUCCCCCCAGGGUAUCGGUAUUCAAGUCAGAUGAACAUGCAGAAUACACGUCCUCGGGGAAACAUCGAUCGCAAAAAGCUGCGUCCUCCCAUGUUGAGGUGUCGAAUAGGAAGUCCAGUCACGUUAAGGAUACUGCUUCUUACUCAGUUGUUCCCGAUGAGAGGCCUGCAAGACCAUCCUAUGGUACAUCCCUCGGGGUUCCCACUUCAAGCAGCUCUCGAGUUUCAAAAUCAACGGAUUCUCAUCGUCGCAGGAGAGCUAGUUCGUCUGAAGAUGAAGCUGAUCUGAAGAUCUUAUCAUGGAAUCCUGAGGUUCAAGGCUUCAAAGAAAAACAGAAGAAACGUCGUUAUGGGGAUGAAGAGAAAGAACAAGUGCGUGCGAAUAGAGGCCAUGCUUGUGAAGAGCAUAGGCGACGAAGAGUCAAGGUAUGUCUUUUGCCCCUGUUUCUCAAGGCUUGCGAGUAUUUCAGUAUCUCGACUAUGGUCAUAUCAUUGGGAUGAUUCUAAGUGAUAUUGAAAAAAAUGUCUAAACUGUAUGAACAGCCGUAUUGAGUCUUUUCUGACUUCAGCAGUGUGACCCAGAAGUAUGUCCAAACAACGGACAAGCUGUGAAGAAGCGGGAAUCGCGGGCGCGGAGAUCCAAAGGAAGUAAGAGACCGCUAAGCGCCGAUACGACGAGUUCUGCAGUAGAUGAAAGCCAUGUCUCGAGCAACAUGCUAGGGCAAACAUCGACUAGUUUUCAGUCACCAACGUUGAUUCCAGGAUAUACUAGCAGUCAAGUCCAUGCCAGUUCCGAGAAUCCAAACAGCACACUCACGCCAUAUCCCAUUAAUGAAUUCGUUUCGCAGGAUUUCUCGUCUACUUUCAAUCAACUUGACUCUUACGAUAAUUACACUGCUUCAAAUCUGCCCGUCACAGUCUCAUAUCAGGAUGUUUAUCUUGCCACUGAUCAUCUGCCUCUUCCAGAUGACCCGCUGCUUGAUCCUAACUGGAUGAACGACCAAUAUUUAUUCGACGUUCCUACCUCUGAAGUAUACUCCAACAACUACCAGUCAUACAUGGAUCCCACCUCCCAGGUUGGACUCCCACAGGAACAAUUCUACGAUGCAAACCUCACGGUCAAAGAAUCCGAUUAUGCAUUCAUGCAUCAAUACUCCGGAACUCGCGAUAUCAGCCAUUCCAACCGCCCCCGAUCCGUCCACAGCGAUCCACACAGCAACCAAGGUCUCUCCUCUUCCACUUCAAGCAGAUCAACCAGUCGCGGGCCCAUAUCUCCCACAUCCGCUCCACGAAGAAAGGAGCAUUCACCCAGUGGCAAGCGACGACCAAGAUCUCCCGGCCCAAGAAGAAGAGAGCACUCCCAUAAGCGAGAAGAAUCACCCCCGACAUCUACCUGGCAAAAUAUCAAGAGCUUGGCCACAGAGGUCUCCGAGUUGCCUAAAACGUAUAAACGGCGACCUGCUUCCACGUAUGGGUCGCGUCAACUGGAUGUGCCUUCUGGCUCAUCGCGAUCGCGCUCUUCGAGACGGUCGGGUUCUACUGCUGGGAGUGAGGAGAUUGAUGAUAUGAGUUCGAAGCUUUCUUCUUGGUUGACUAUUAAAUGAUUUCUUGCGUUUGUUGUUUUCUAUUUCUCCCUUUUGUAUUAUUACCUAUUUGAGUUGCUUUGGUUUACCGGGGUUCGAGGGUUGGAUUGGUCUUUUGGUUGAGAUUUAAAAGGUUCCCGGUUUUGUUUUUCAUUCUCUGGAUUUACGG